GAGCUAGGCUAUCAGCUUGUCUUCCGAUAUUGUAGCUGAGACGCACCGGCUCCAACAACAUUACGGUGCUGUACUGAGUCAUAACUCCCUCCAUAAAUUUAAGACAAAGAGCUGUUUCUAAUUGAAGGACCUGAAACAUAGAUCUUCAAUAAACUAAUUGAAGAUGAUUAAGCUCUUUUCUCUGAAGCAGCAGAAGAAAGACGAGGAAUCUGCUGGAGGAAACAGAACAGGAGCUGGGGGUAAAAAAGCAAGCGCGGCCCAGCUUCGAAUACAGAAAGACAUCAAUGAGCUGAACCUCCCAAAGACGUGCGAGAUCGUCUUCCCCGACCAAGAUGAUCUGCUCAACUUCAAACUCAUCAUCUCACCAGACGAGGGCUUUUACAAAGGGGGAAAGUUUGUCUUCAGCUUUAAGGUAGGACAGGGCUACCCUCAUGACCCGCCGAAGGUCAAGUGUGAGACAAUGGUGUACCACCCAAACAUUGACCUGGAGGGCAAUGUCUGCCUAAAUAUCUUGAGAGAGGACUGGAAGCCUGUGUUGACAGUAAACUCCAUCAUAUAUGGACUACAGUAUCUAUUUCUAGAGCCAAAUCCAGAGGACCCCUUGAACAAAGAGGCGGCGGAGGUCCUGCAGACAAACCGACGGCUCUUUGAGCAGAAUGUCCAGCGGUCGCUGCGGGGGGGCUAUGUUGGCGCCACGUAUUUUGAGCGGUGUCUCAAAUAGCUCCUUGCCCAAUGUCGCUUUUCUUUUUUUUUCUCUUUUUUCCCCCCAAGACGCAUUACCGUUUACACACGCUGAGACACUGACUGAUACACAAACUUGAGCAGUCUGGGAGGGAGGGGGUCGAUGGAGCCGGGAGGGGAAAGUAUUGGGGGGUGGGGUUCACUCGGGGGAAGGGAGGGGGUCCGAAGGUAAAGAUGACGGGUUUGGAUGGUCAGUGAAUGUCGCUCAGAGAAUCGGUAUAUUGCCACUACGUUGAUGCCCACAGUUGUUAUUUUGCGGAGAUAGACAUGCCAACUGAUCCUCCCACUCGCGGACAAGGACAAAAACACACAACUGAGAUACGCACUUAGACACCUCCCUUUUACUAAAGGAUCGCGUUGUAUGUUUUGAACACUAUGCGAGGCCUCUCGAUUACGAGAGCUCUGAACCUGACGGAUCGCACCCAUGCUUGGUGACGAAACUUAUCAUAUAUAUAUAUAUAUAUAUAUAUAUAUAUAUAUACACACACGCCUCAACAACAUGCCUACUGACACGCAAAGGCAUAUGCUAUCACAUGCGCACACGUGAUUCAGACAGGUACUUAUACCAACCCAGAUGCAUAAUACAGGCCAUAGACACACUGGCAGAGGACUGACACAGACAUAGAUUGACAGGAUCAGUAAUGCAGGCAGGGCUGUUGUGGGAUUGGGAGAUCUUUUUGGUUUUGUUAUGGUUUUCUGGGUGGGGUGGGCGUUAGAUUUCAUUGGGGGGUUGGAGGCUUACAAUGUUACAAUUCUAUUGUGUAUAUUGAAAUCCCAGCUGUUCACAAUGACUGCAAUAUGAAUUAUGUUAAAUAAAAUAUGAACUUGAAUGAUAA